AUGUUUAGCUAUUGUCUGGGGCACUCAACAUUUAGGCCUUAUCUCGAAGGACGGUCUUUUGAAGUUUGGACCGACCAUCGGUCCUUGACUUGGUUGAAAAUUAUAAAAGAUCCAACCAGCCGUCUAGCCAGAUGGGCCAUGAAACUUGAUGCCUAUGACAUGGUUAUUAAGCAUCAACCAGGAAAGGCCAACUCUAAUACCGAUACUCUGUCACGGUAUCCUCUCAAAUCUGAGAUAAUAGGUGUCUUACAGAGUAGUGGUAUUAUGAUAGGUCCUUUAGAAGAAAAUCAGGAGGCUGCAGUUAAUCUUUGGGACAGUUGCAGUAUUUUAGAUGGCAUAAAAUUGGCGCAACGACAGGACAAAGAUCUUGGUCCUCUUAUUUCUUUCAUUCAAGAUGAUAUUCGUCCUGCUGAUGAAAUUUUCCUUCGAAAAAUAGAGGGACAGGCUAAAGUUCACCGAGUAAUCGACGGAAAAUUAUAUCGGACCCGCAAAAUAGAAGAAGAUUCACCUUUGAAAAAUAAUCUUAGCCCGCAUCUUUUAGUUAUUCCAAAAUCUAAGCGGACAGAACUUCUUCAGCUGGCUCAUGACCAUCCAAUUUCAGGUCAUCUUGGCCGUCGAAAAACUCUACAUCGAUUAGCAAUUCUGUUUCAUUGA